UUUGGUAACAUAUAAUUUAUUACUUUUCUGAUUUGUUGAUGUUUUCUAAACCAUAUACAGAGAGAAACUUGGAAUUCCAAGCGUUGAGGCUGCAAUGAUUGGUUUGUCAAUACUCCUUUUGCUAGGCGUGCUUGACUGGAAUGACUGCUUAAGUGAAAAAUCAGCCUGGGAUACAUUGGCUUGGUUUGCCGUUUUGGUAGGCAUGGCUGGCCAAUUGACAAACCUUGGGAUAGUGAGCUGGAUGUCUGGUUGUGUAGCUCAGUUCCUUCAAUUUUUCUCUUUGAUCUGGCCGGUUGCAUUUGGUGUUCUUCAGGCAUCUUACUUUUUUAUCCAUUACCUAUUUGCAUGUCAAACCCGUCAUGUAGGUGCAUUAUACUCUGCUUUUCUUGCCAUGCACUUGGCAGCUGGAGUGCCCGGUAUAUUAGCAGCGCUGGCUCUUGCUUAUAACACCAAUCUUUUUGGUGCCAUAACUCAUUAUAGCAGUGGUCAGGCCGCCGUUUACUAUGGAGCCGGAUAUGUAGACCUGUCUGAUGUAUUCAAAAUGGGAUUUGUAAUGGCUUUUAUUAAUGCCAUCGUCUGGGUGGUUGUUGGAAGCUUAUGGUGGAAAUUUUUGGGUCUCUUCUGAUUUAAUUACUCCAUUCUUCCCUGUUGUAAGAAGCCAUAUUUUUGGGGACAAAUUGAGUUCAAUUUGAAUUUA